GUCCCACGACACAAUGAUCUCCCCAAAGGAAAACCCAAUCCCCAUUGCAAUACGACACGAUCAACCAUGAAGCUUCCCUUCGUGCCCUUUUCCUCUCUUCCACUCUUCCUCUCCUUCUGUCUCAUCGCUGCCACCGGUUACGAUGACUUUACAGAAGCCCCCGCCACCAACCCGCUCGUCCCAGAGACUUGUAGUAAAGCCGCCCAGAAAGACCCCAACCUCAGCUACGGCUUCUGCGUGAGCGCUCUCCAGUCAGCCCCAAACAGCCUUUGCGCCGACACUCUCCAGAAGCUCGGCCUCAUCUCCAUCAAGCUCAUAUGGGGAAAUGUCACGAGCACGAGGUGCUACAUCAAGUACCUCCUCAAGAACAAGAAGAUAAACCCCUACGUUUGGUCGUGUUUGGAUGACUGCCUGGAGUUGUACUCGGAUGCCGUCCCCACGCUCAAGCAAGCCGUCCAAGACUACCAAGCAAAGAGAUACGAUGAUGCAAAUGUGGAGGUGAGCUCGCUGAUUGACGCGGCCACGACGUGCGAGGAUGGCUUCGAGGAAAAGGAGCUGGUGUCGCCUCUGAAGAAGAGAAACGACAACGCCUUUAAGCUCUCUGCCUUGGCCCUUUCGAUUAUCAAUAUGCUCCCUCGUUGAGUGUACGUAUGUCUAUAUUGUCCGCAUUCAUUUUGUAUCUUGGGAUGACCAAUGACCAGCCAUGAAUUUUAACCUUUGCAAUUAAUUCUUUAUUUAUUUUGGCCUGAUUACCAACAAAUGGUAUGUUGUUGGAGGCCCUUUGCAAAUUUUAAUCGUCAACUUUUCAUAUCUAAUUAUAUAAAUGCUUUUUUUUGUGUUAA